AUGUUUGCAUACAACAGUGGCCACAUCCUGGGCACCAGCUACAACAGGUCAGCCAAACCAGCUGAGAGGGUGGAGAUCGGAGGCCGACGGGAGGGACAGCCGCUGACAGGCCGCAGGGCCGUCACCUCGCCUCAUCGGACCGGACAGCUGCAGUUUGUGACGCGGCCUGGGCCGGGCAAGGCAACGGCCGCCACCCAAACCCCUCGCCUCCAAAGUUUUCCCGCUGAAAACCCAUCGCCAAGAAUGGGGUCGAGCUCCCGGUUCCCAGCGCCGCCACCGGACCCAGCUCACCCACCCGCAGCACAGGGUAACGCCAAGCCAGAGACACCCAAGGACUACUUCCACCAGGACGUCAAACACCUGAAGCAGAUACGGAGGGAUCUCAAAGUAUUGCAAAUGUUUAAUUGUUUGAAUGAAAAGCUCUUUCUCCUGCAACAAGUAGUAACUGAAAGUUGGAAAAUGUUGCAGAUGGACAAGUGUUACUACCAUUACCUCUGCACUUCUAGAUUUUUCCAAUGGCUUCCUGAGCGUAUCCCAUUUGUGUAUCGUAGAACUAUGUGCCGACCUUCACUGUGUCGAUCAGUGAGGCGUUGCUGCACUCGAUCUUGCUGGGAAAGCUUGCAGUAAUUGGUGAGUUCAAAGAAAUCAGACACCCAGACGUAAUCCCCAGCAGCCUAGCUGUGUCACAGUACAAGGCUCUUAGGCCUGGAAUUUAACUAUUGCAUCUCUUCGGCAAAAGCACAUCACACCAAUUU